AGGAAGCCGGCUCAUCAGAGAUUAUAUUAUUAGAUUUUAUGAAGAGAAAGAAGAAUGGUGGUAGGUAAGGUACUGAAUAUUUAUUCACUCAUUAAAAUUUAAAAGAAUGAAGAUCGAAGAAGUAAAAAGUACUGCCAAAACUCAAAGAAUUUCAGCUCAUACGCAUAUAAAAGGUUUAGGUCUUGAUGAAAAUGGGAUAGCAAUACAGACUGCGGCAGGCCUCGUCGGUCAAGAAAUGGCUCGCGAGGCUGCUGGGAUAGUGGUUGAUAUGAUAAAAUCUAAGAAGAUGGCUGGCCGAGCAGUAUUAUUAGCUGGUCCACCCGGUACAGGGAAAACAGCAAUUGCGCUUGCCAUUGCUCAAGAGUUAGGCAACAAAGUACCAUUCUGCCCUAUGGUGGGCUCAGAAGUCUAUAGUUCUGAGAUAAAGAAGACAGAAGUCCUUAUGGAGAACUUCAGACGAGCUAUUGGUCUGAGAAUUAAAGAAACUAAAGAAGUAUAUGAAGGAGAAGUGACAGAAUUGACUCCAGUUGAAACAGAAAAUCCAAUUGGUGGAUAUGGGAAAACAGUGUCUCAUGUGGUUAUUGGGCUUAAAACUGCUAAAGGUACAAAACAGUUAAAGUUGGAUCCUGCCAUAUAUGAGUCUCUGCAGAAAGAGAAGGUAGAAACAGGAGAUGUGAUUUACAUCGAAGCAAACAAUGGCGCUGUGAAAAGACAAGGCAGAAGUGAUAAUUUUGCUACAGAGUUUGAUUUAGAAGCAGAGGAGUAUGUCCCUUUACCUAAGGGUGAUGUGCACAAGAAGAAAGAAGUAAUUCAGGAUGUAACAUUGCAUGAUUUAGAUGUUGCUAAUGCCAAGCCGCAAGGUGGCCAGGAUAUUAUGUCCAUGAUGGGUCAAUUAAUGAAACCUAAGAAAACAGAAAUUACAGAUAAAUUACGCAAGGAAAUAAACAAAGUAGUAAAUAAAUACAUUGAUCAAGGAAUUGCAGAACUAGUACCAGGGGUUCUGUUUAUAGAUGAGGUGCACAUGUUAGACAUAGAAACAUUCACUUAUCUUCACCGUGCACUGGAAAGUGCCAUUGCCCCUAUAGUUAUUUUUGCUACAAAUCGCGGACGCUGUGUAAUUAGGGGAACAGAAGAUAUUGUAUCUCCUCAUGGAAUACCUCUUGAUCUUUUAGAUAGGUUACUCAUCAUACGAACACUUCCAUACUCUAGAGCAGAAAUAGAACAAAUAGUUAAAUUAAGAGCUAUGACAGAAGGAUUGCAAAUCGAAGACGAAGCUUUCGCUACCCUUGGCGAAUUAGGAACAAAAACAACCCUCAGAUACGUUGUACAACUUUUAACACCUGCUGCAUUAACAGCAAAAGUUAACGAGAGAACAAUAGUUAGAAAAGAAGACAUAAAGGAAGUAGGAUCGCUUUUCUUAGAUGCAAAGUCCUCUGCCAAAAUUCUUACACAAAAUAAAGAUAAAUAUAUGAAAUAAACAUUCGAUUGAUUGUUACUUAACAAACUGUUUAUCAAUUUCCUUAUGAUAUAGUUUAAGUAUUGAGCCAUGUAUAGUUUUAUUAUAUUUAUAUGUCUCUAGCUGGUUUAAUUUAAGUUUUAUAAAUAAAAUUACAUUUUUAUGAACUCUA